CCCCUAAAACCCGUCCUCUCUUCUCUAGACGACUCCUCUCAUCAGCUCCUCUUUCUCUGCCAGGAUCGGCCACCCAAACGAGGAGAUCUCCAGGUCUCCUCCCGACCUUUUCCCCUCUCCGUUCCUCUCUUUCCCUCCGCUGCUGCUCUGUUCUCCGGUGAUGAGGAUCAGGAAGUGUGCCUCGAAGCUCCUCGGCUCCACGACCGCCUACUUCUCGCUGCCACCGCCGCAGCUCUGCUUGUCGCCGUCGUGUGAGUCGCAGUCUGCUUCCAGCACCGCCACCGCCACCGCCACGGCCGGGCUUUUGUGCCAGCUGAACCGCUCCCCGUGGGAUGUGGUGCCCAAUCACCAGCAGGAAGAAGAGGACGCGGAGGACGACGAUAGGUGCAUUGCGGCGAACGGCGUCAAAGUUGAAGAGAAACCACCUAAGCCUGUAGUUAUUAAGAGUGAGGAGAUGAAGGUGGAGAAGGGAGCAGAUGAGAAGGAAUGUAAGAGUAAUAAGAAGAAAAAGAAGGUGGCGAAGAGGAGGAAGCGGAAGGAGAGGGAGGUUGAUUCAGCUGCUAAGGAGACCACCGAUACUCCUGUCCUCUGCAAGAAAAGCGACGGCAAAGGAUGGCGCUGCAAGAGACCGGCGCACCUCCCCCACUCCCUCUGCCACUACCACCUCGCCCAGCUGCGCUCCUAUACCAGUAAUAGUCACAGUAAAGUCGCCAACGUCGAAAUUGGAGAUGGUGAUAAACAUCGGAAGAGGAAGGCAGAUGCAUCUGGAGACAGUACUAAUUCCUUCUACUACUACUAUUCUGGGUUCGGGCCUUGGAGGGGAAAGAGGAGAGGAAGUGAUUAUAGCGGCGAUAUUAAUGGUGGUGGUGGCGGCGGUGGUGAUGUCAGUGAAGAAGAAGAAGGCAGAGAGAUUUCUGCGUCUGUGGAUGGGCGUGCCGCUGCCGUCGCCGGUGAUGACGAGGAAGACAACGAGGAGGAGGAUGAAGGAAAGGGCAGCAGCGAGGUGGAUUACAGUGAUGACGAGAUGGAGAAAAGGAAAUGUAGGAAGAGAGGGAGGAAGCCCGUGAAGGCUCGUUCUCUCAAGUCCCUACUGUAAGUGUCGUCUGCUUCUAAUGCAUGUGCUGUGCUGUGGUAAUAAUUUGUUUUUCAAGUGCUGUCCGAAGAUGGAUGAAAUUGUUAUGGAUUAGAUCUUGCAUGAGUUAAAAAAGUUAGUUUUACAGCAACUGAAA